UGUUUACAGAGAUGCUAGGUGUGGUAAAAUACAGUGUCAAGGAGGAGCCAACCGCCCAAUAAUAGGCACCAAUGCUGUCUCCAUAGAAACCAACAUCCCCCUCCAGGAGGGGGGCCGAAUCCUGUGCCGGGGGACCCAUGUCUACCUGGGGGACGACAUGCCUGACCCCGGCCUCGUCAUGCCGGGCACCAAGUGUGGCGACGGCAUGAUGUGUCUGAACCGCCAAUGUCAGAACGUCAGUGUCUUUGGAGUGCAGGAGUGCUCAGGGAGAUGCAGCGGUCGAGGGGUGUGUAAUAACAACAAGAACUGCCACUGCGAGGCCCACUGGGCUCCUCCCUUCUGUGACAAAGCCGGCUUCGGGGGAAGUGUGGACAGUGGACCUAUGAGACUAGCAGACUACGGUGGCGUGGCGGUGGGUGUCCUGGCGGCUCUAAUAACCUUCCUGGGAGCCGGCCUCAUCAUCUGCAUCAAGAGAAAGACCCUACUGAGACUACUCUUCACCAACAAGAAGAUCACUAUGGACAAGCUAAGGUCAGUUGGGCCCAACAGAUCAUCCAGCCACAGAGAUUCCCCACCUGGCCAGCCUCCAGCCCAGCCUCCAGCCCAGCCUCCAGCCCAGCCUCCAGCCCAGCCUCCAGCCCAGCCUCCAGCCCGGCCUCCAGCCCAGCCUCCAGCCCAGCCUCCAGCCCAGCCACAGAGACAGAAACACAGCAGCAGCAUCUUCAAGCCUCCUCCCCAAAACCAACCCCCCCCUGGACAGCCCUACCCCUCUCCGGGGGCUCCUUACCCCUCCCACAGCCUGCGACGUCUACCCCAGUGCUCCCCUGUUCACCUCAGUCACCCAGUCCCCCUGUCCCUGUCCCUGUCCCUGUCCCCUGCCUCCACCCCUGGACCAGGACAGCCCACACCAUCUACUCCUCCUCCUCACCGAGCCCCGCCUCCCCAUGGCCAAGGACAUGCCCACAGCCACACCCAGGCUCCGCCCAGAGGGGCGUCGUUUCGCAGUGUGCCACAGCACCAUAACUCGUGCAGGAUGGUCUUGGAGUUGGAGAUGCCUAGUCCACCCCAGAAGCCCCUACCUGCCGACCCCCUGGGCAGGAAUACCCAGAAGCCUCUACCUGCCGACCCCCUGGGCAGGAAUACCCAGAAGCCCCUACCUGCCGACCCCCUGGGCAGGAAUACCCAGAAGCCUUUACCUGCAGACCCCCUGAGCAGGAAUACCCAGAAGCCCCUACCUGCCGACCCCCUGGGCAGGAAUACCCAGAAGCCUCUACCUGCCGACCCCCUGGGCAGGAAUACCCAGAAGCCUUUACCUGCAGAACCCCUGGGCAGGAAUACCCAGAAGCCUUUGCCUGCUAACCCUAACCGUAACUCCCCCGGAAGGAGUGGUGGUCUGAUUCGUAGCCCCACUGCCGUCGGUGUCCCCAUCCCUGUACCUGUCCCCGGUGUCCCCAGGCUGCUGAGACCUGUCCCACACCAAAACAGAUCUGUUCCUAAGCAACCCCCAACACUACCUAAGCCUCGUAUGAUCGUUCACGCCAAGUUCAGCAGCUGAGAGCAGCUGGACUAAACUGAAGGGAAUAAAAAGGACGUCCUUUCUGUAAGACGUUAAAGACAUUUCAUUUGCACUAUGAAACUCUAAAAACCUUCAGAUGUGGUGUCUCUUGAGUUUUGAAUAAGGGGGCCGGACCGUUGGGCGGUCGGCGUGUCAGCGAGCCAGUCUCCGAUGGUGCUCUGAUGUUAAAGAGGUGCUAUAGGUCUGAGCUCAGGUACAUGUUCUUAACGUUUUGUGUAUUUAUUAAUUAGUUACCACACAGUGCACUGUGCCAGACACUUGGGAUUUCAUUUGGAGUCUUUGUUUAUUUUGUAUUUUUCUACUGUUAGCCAUUUGAUUUCAAUCGUGGGGAUAUUUGAACCUGUUUUUUGAUGGACAGGGAGCAAGGGGGAAAAGUCCAACUAAAACAAAGCGUGUCUCUGGAGAUCUGUGAAGUUGUAAAACCUCUAACUUCAAUGAACUGUUACUGAGAACAAAGAGAAAGACGACUACCAACAUCAGAUAGGGAGACUCUGUCUGCACUAUUGGUUGACAGACUUGGGAUGCGUAUGACGCCACCUGUUGGAAGAUAACGACCUCACCCGGUAAAUCCUGCCGCAGGUCUUCCUCCAUCCAGUAUCCAGCCAGCUGUUGGAAGAUAACGGCCUCACCAGGUCUCCCUCCAUCCAGUAUCCAGCCAGCUGUUGGAAGAUACGGCCUCACCAGGUCUCCCUCCAUCCAGUAUCCAGCCAGCUGUUGGAAGAUACGGCCUCACCAGGUCUCCCUCCAUACAGUAUCCAGCCAGCUGUUUCUCCCUCCAUCCAGUAUCCAGCCAGCUGUUUCUCCCUCUGUGACUGUACUUUGUGUGCACUGAUGCUUAGAGACUGAGCCCUGAGGAACACCAAUAACAACCUUACACCAACCGUACACCAACCUAACACAAACCUUACACCAACUUUACACCAACUUUACACCAACCGUACAUCAACUUUACACCAACCUUACACAAACCUUACACCAACUUUACACCAACCUUACACAAACCUUACACCAACUUUACACCAACCUAACACCAACCUUACACCAAUAUUUCACCAACUAUACACCAAGCUUACACCAACUAUACACCAACCUUACACCAAGCAUACACCAACCUUACACCAAGCAUACAACAACCUUAUACUCAGCAGCCGACCCAAUAGUUAUCUCAACACACCCACAGGCACUACAUAUGUAAACACUACAUAGCGCUACAUAAACAUUACACAGCACUACAUAAACACUACAUAGCACUACAUAAACACUACAUAG